AUGGCAUCCGGCUCGAUUCCCGCCACACCGCUCCUCUACAGCUGCAUCGCCCACCACUCCACCAUCCUCAGCGAACACACCAGCGGCGCAUCCGCAUCCUCCACCACCACCUCCAACCUCGCCUCCGUCAUUCUGCCCAAAAUCUCCCACGACGAACCUUCUAAACUCACCUACACUAUCCACGACAAUUUCAUCCACUACAUCGCCGAUGCCUCCACCUCCUCUAGCCCCGACGCACUCAGCGCAGCAGGCCUGACCUAUCUCGUAGUCGCCAAAGCCGACUUGGGAAGAAGAGUCCCCUUUGGCUUCCUCGUGGAGAUCAAAAAGCGCUUUCUCGCACAAUACGACCCGGAGCGGACUUCAUUCAGCUCGUUACCCGCCUAUGGCGCAGCGGCGUUCAACAGCGAGUUGAAGAAACUCAUGGUGGAAUAUGGCACGACGAAGAGUGGACAACAAGAUGCGUUUCGAAAUGUGCAGAGCGAGAUUGAGAAUGUGAGGGGUAUUAUGACGGAGAAUAUUGAACGGGUGUUGGAGAGAGGGGAGAGGAUUGAUUUGUUGGUGGAUAAGACGGAUCGCUUGGGUGGGAGUGCGAGGGAUUUUCGGGUGCGGAGUCGUGGAUUGAAGAGGAGGAUGUGGUGGAAAAAUGUGAAAUUGAUGGUGUUGUUGGUGGUGGUGAUAGUGUUUUUGUUAUAUUUGUUUGUGGGUUUUGGGUGUGGACUUCCUGCUUGGGGGAAGUGUGUUGGGCGAGGAUGAAUGAAUGCUGCAGUUUGAAGAGGUGGAAUGAGCAGCUGCUUACAACAACCAAAAUGAGAAAUGAAAGAGGUGCUGGCAUGCACCCAUGUGUGAUUAUUAUGAUGAUGGAAAAUGAUAGCAAAGCGAGAGAGAGCAUCGUAACAGGCGUAUUAUCACAGACAGACU